GCAGGUCUGACGGAUGCCCGCUGAUUCUGCUGCGGAGGGACCAGGGGGGCGGGGUUAAAGAGAAACAAGGAGUUUCCUGGUGAGCUACGACAACACAGGAAGAUGAACGUGGGCGUGGCUCACAGCGAGGUGAACCCCAACACUCGGGUGAUGAACAGCCGGGGCAUCUGGCUCACCUACCUGCUGCUGACCGUGGUUCUGCACAUCGUCCUGCUCAGCAUCCCCUUCUUCACCGUGCCGCUGGUGUGGACGCUCACCAACGUCAUCCACAACCUGGUGAUGUACCUGUUCAUGCACACGGUGAAAGGAACUCCCUUUGAGACUCCAGAUCAGGGAAAAGCUCGACUCCUCACUCACUGGGAGCAGAUGGACUACGGAGUUCAGUUCACUUCCUCUCGCAAAUUCCUCACCAUCUCACCUAUCGUUCUGUAUAUCCUCGCCAGCUUCUACACGAAAUACGACUCGACGCAUUUCCUGAUCAACACGAGUUCUCUUCUCACCGUGUUGCUUCCCAAACUGCCUCAAUUCCACGGCGUUCGGAUAUUUGGGAUCAACAAAUACUGACGGGAGUUUUGGCACCAACGCCCCGGGGACUGUUUUUUCUGUUUCUGCUGAACUUUUUUAUAAUGUCUGGAGGGUUUCCUGUACAGACUGUGUGGAGUAUGAUGAAAACAAGAGUAAAUGCACUGCUGCUGUUCUAUGAAAGUAAGUCUUCUCUUUACUGACACUCCUGAUGUUUGUCCGCAAUCUGGCUGCAAAGAAAAAAGCGAAUUAGAGAUUGAAUUGAGAUUUACUUCCUGUUACAAACGGCACUGGCUGCACGUCUGUAAAGUUAAACGCUCCUAAAUGUGAAGGAGGUCUUCUUCACCUUCAGAUUAGUUUUUAUUUUAACGCUUUCUUCUUGAUUUACUAUGAAGGAUUUACACGCAGCGUGCAUUUACACGACUAACACCGCUUUCACACGCACUCCCAUGUCAGUUCCUGUUCUCUGUUGAAGAUGUAUGUUUUUUCUUGCUUAUAAAAUGAAGAGUGAAAAAAAA